GGGAUAUUCCCUUGUCGUGCCUUUCCAAGUGGAUAAGAAGUGUCUCAAGUAGAGACAUCAACAGGCUAUUCCCUCCACGGCGAAAAGGAUAACUAUCCAUUCACACGAGCGGCAACAUAUCAUUUUUGAGAGAUUAUUCUCUUCCCCAAGAUGUCCGGUAUUGCUUCAGCACCCACCUUCGAGGUUGCGACGAGAGAGGUCGUCGCCGUCGAGCAUCCUAUGGUCAUCAAGAACAUUGACAAGGCCCUCAAGACGUUCGGAUCAGGGGUCGAAAUCGGUCGACCUUUCAAAAGCCUUGUUGAUUUGGAUGAUCCUGACGGAUGUAUUCCGAUCUAUCUCCGCCAUCGAGACCCCAUGAGUACCCCGAUACUGUCGCAUAACUGUACUACCAACAAUAUACUUCUCAAGGUCACCGUCCCAAAACGUACAGGAAGGAAGCGCAAGCGUGGCUCUCAAGAACCAUACUCCGGAGACAUUACUGGUUCAACAACAACAACAUCAGGGGAUAGCAGUCAAACUUCCCAGUCAGCGGAUCUCCGAUCACACUCGAGGCUCGAUAACCCUCGUCAGCUCUUGAGAAGUCUAAAGGAUAAUGUUGGGAACUAUACAGUCGAGGGUGUUGCAGAAAUCGAUAGAACACAUCGAUUCAGAGGUCUUGCGGAUUUCUAUCAUUCGACUAGCAACACAGAGUUUGUUCCGAAGUUUCUGGACUUGGUCUAUCCUGGCGAGAUGGAAUCGAUCCGGAAAUUCAAAUUCAACCCGAGUAGAGGUUGGAAGAAGAACGAGGAAUUCGUGCCACCUCCAAUAUUGACAAACCACGUCCUGCCCUUCAAUUGGGGUUAUCAUCAGAACCCCAAUAUUGUCCAGACGGUCAAUCAAUCCACUGGAGAAUCUGCUUUAAUCAACCGUUCGAGAUCAAGAAAGUUCCAGAUCGAAUAUCUUAGUCACGACGUUGAAGAGAUCCCACAAACACGACCGUUAGAAAUUCCAAGAGAACCAGAUCUUGAAAAGCUCAUUGAAGAAUUAAACGAAGCGUUGGAGGAACGCCCCCUUUGGACUCGGAGGGCUUUGGCAAACCGUCUUGGAAACUCGCCACGCCUUUACCUCUUCAAGACUGCGCUGCAAUAUGUCGGCUAUCAAUUCAAAGGUGGUCCAUUCCGUGAUGUUGUCAUCAAAUUUGGUAUCGAUCCUAGAAAAGACCCCAAAUACCGGAUAUAUCAGACCAUAUUCUUCAAACUCUAUGAAGAGGAAGAAAAGGGUCCCUUCCGAAAGUGGCACGAGGUUCGCAGCACGACCAUCUCAAAACGGACAAAGCUAAAAGACUUGACCACUCACCUUUUCGAUGGCAAAUCUCUCACCCUCGAUGGUAAAGUCUGGCAAUUCUGCGACGUUACAGAUCCGUUCCUCGUCCAACUCAUCAACAACGCACCCGUCUGCCAUGAAUUCAAUUCCAAAGGCGAUGGGUACUUCUACAACGGUUCUUGGGCGAAGAUCAGGGCCGUUAUGAAGAUGAAGCUCAUGGCAAUCCGCAUCGGAAAGACCAUCAAAGACGAAGACUUCGAGUCGGUAUUAUCCAAAGUCCCCGAUAUUGUGGACAACAACGAGAAGGCUAGCAGCAAGCUUUGGGUGCCGCUCCCAGACGUUAAAUUCACCGACGAGGAGAUCAAGGAAUUAGAGGAAAAGGGGGUCAAUACCUUCGGCGGAAAUAAUCGGAAGACUAAUACCAAAUCCAAGGCGCGGAAGACUAGAAUCCGCCACCGGCUUGCUGACCUAAGGCAAUCCCGCGAGCCAGCGAGAGUGACUGAUUCAGAGACGCUGGCGCCAUCAGUAGACAUGUUCACACCUAAUGGUCGACAAUCAUGGCGUGACCAGAAUGCCUCCAGCGGGCGAAGCAAUCCCGCCGAGGCUCCGAGCAAUCUCGACGACAGCGAGAGCGCAAGGGUCAAAUUUGAAAUGGCACUAGAUGCAGAGGAGGAAUCCGCAUUGGAGGAUGAAUAUUCGGAGGAUGCAGAGGGCGAGACCGAUCUCGAGGACGAUGUUCUACCCGGCGAGGGCGAAGACGAGGAGGAUGAUAGCGAUGCCUCAGACAUGAUUGAUUACUCGAAAUACUACAUACCGCGUGGAGCGCCGGCAGCUAAGUAGCUUUGCGUGGCGCUGUUCACACAGGGCUACCUCUCUAUCGGCUUGGGCUGUCUAGGUGCAUAGGUAUUCUUCGUCCUUUGCUACAGUAACUAGCAAUCAACCAAUUUCUCAACCCCC